UGAGAAUUACUUAUAACCUGAACAGAAACUAAACUAAGAUUCACUUCUAUCUGACCAUCACAUAAUGCAGAUCCUUGUGCUGAUCCUUGGCAUCGUGCUGCUCCCUAAAGCCUGCGCAUUGAUAUGUUUUGGCUGCAUACCUGGACUCUCUGGAAGGUGCACUCAGACAACAAAUUAUUGUCCUUUCAGUACUCUGUGUGGUUCAAUCAGAGUGACUUCAUAUGCAUAUGGUUCAAAAGUGGCUGAUAUUAAAAUGAAAACGUGUGCUGUGGCUGAACAAUGCGUUGGGGGCUCAAUCAACUUUGGUGUUGCCCAAACUCGAAUUACCAGCAAUUGUUGCACCUCUGAACUUUGCAACUUUCAAGAUGCCCCUGAGGGCAGCAUCUCCUCUCCAAAUGGGAAAAAGUGCUUCCAAUGUGAUGGAAUUGAUUGCACAAAAACUCUAAAAUGCAAUGGAAAUGAGGACCACUGUAUCUCAACAGCAGUGACUGUAGAAGGGAAGAAGGUGACUGUAAAGGGCUGCGCCUCCAAGCUGAUUUGCUCAAAGACGCAAUCUGCACAGAUCUCAGCAAUUAUUGGAGAAGAAAUCAACUGCUGCCAGGGUGACCUUUGCAACAGUGCCAGGAUGACAACAACAUCACAGCCCAGCAGGACAACUGCUGACACAACAACAACAACAUCACAGCCCAGCAGUACAACUGCUGGGACUACAGCUGUUGGCCUUCUGCUUUUUGUGACACCGCUGAUCUCUUUGGUCUUGUUCUCUUAGCUGAUGGAAACAACAACAUCACAGCUCAAAUUUACUUCUAAACUUCACAAUGCCUUCUCACGUAUCUCCAGAGCUUAAAAAAAAAUAGAAAUUUAUGCAUCUAAACAUUAUUUUGAGUUUUUGGAAAAACAUAAAUGAAUACAUUUCUUAAAAUCCUGUA